AUGUCCUUAGCUCUGAUAAGAACUGAAGGAGAGAUGAGUUUCGAGCAGGACUGCCUAGUGGAAGGAGGUUGUCUGGUUCAGAUGAAUAACGGGACAGAGUACAGAGAGGUCCGUCAGUUCAAGACUGAUCACCACCUGGUCCGCUUCUACUUCGUGACCCGCGUCUUCUCCAGGUACAUGCAGAGCAUCAUCGAGGACUUCCGUCACGCCCUGAAACCAGACGUGGUCGUCAUAAAUUCCUGUGUUUGGGAUAUUUCAAGAUACAACUCUAAAUGGACCCAUGAUUACAAGGAGAACCUUCAGAGGUUGUUUGAUGAGCUGAGGAGUGUCCUGCCAGAGGAAACGCUGGUUAUUUGGAACCUCACCAUGCCUUUAGGAGAGAAGAUCAAAGGUGGCUUUCUGGUGCCUGAGAUUGAACACAAAGCUCCACAGCUGCGCUAUGAUGUGAUUGAAGCCAACUUCUACAGCUGGACCGUGGCCGACAACUACGACAUGGACGUGUUGGACCUCCACUUUCAGUUCCGCUUCUCCUUACAGCACCGAACAAACGACGGAGUUCACUGGAAUGCCAUUGCCCAUCGCAGGAUCACAGCUCUUCUGUUACGGCACAUUGCUCAGGCCUGGGGUGUGACGCUAACCGUUGGUGCUUUGUCUGUACAAAAUGGCUGCCAAACAGGAGCUGGAGGAAGUAUCGCUCCUGGAAAUGAGUUCUCCACUGAUUCUCUGCCUUGUGGCUUCUUGAGCUUUGAAGAACCAAAGACACCAGAACGUCGCCAUCAAGCUGUAGAGAACCCCAGAACUGCUGUCCAACCACAACGCAGCCAGCCACGCCGCAAACAUCGGAACAAACGUAAAUCACCCCAAAAUGGUUGGAACUACAUGCCUCCCCUGUACUUUGAGCCCUACGAAGAUCAUCCCAACCGCCUCCACCAUCAGUUUGUGAUGAGGAACCGAUACAGCAGACCCCACUACGCCCCCUACACCCAUUUCAGACCACUUCACUAUCCAGUUCAUAGAUAUUAUUAUUGA